AUCAGCUUGAACGCAGAUCUGGAGAAAAUACCUAAACCAAAAACUGCUCCAGAAAGAUUAGGAUCUUCACUCACUAUGAACUUCUCAAGACCUGAUCCUGAAGUGAACCAGAUGAAUAUCCUGAGGACAACAACUUCUCCUGCCUGCCUGGAUCACUGUCGUGCAGGGCAGGAACUGUGCUACCUGUGUCUACAGCGGGCCCAGAAAAAUAUCCCGGUGUACUUCACAGAGGAGAGAAAACUGAAAGAUAAGGAGGAGGAGAGAAUAUUACAGCAAUACCAGCACAUGAAAGACCAAGAAGCCAUCCUAAAG